AUGCGGCACACGUCAUGGACGCCUCAAUACUCGUUACAGGAGGACAAGUUCCCCUUGGCAGUGUUCAGCAGCGGGUUCCUGCUGGACUCCGCGCAGUACCGCAGCUACGCCCACCACCUCGCCAGUUGGGGCUUCGCUGUAGUCACCUACAAUAAGGUGGAGGGGCUGAUGGGCCCUCUGGACGACAUCAUCUGUGCACGGUUCAUCACUCAGCUCAUCAACUGGGCUGGCACCAGUCACUUGCUUCGUAGGAUAGCAGACAACACCCGGGUCUACCUCUGUGGCCACUCCAGAGGAGCCAAGGUGAGCGUGCUGGCAGCAGCCAUGGACCCUCGAGUGCUCUCCCUCGGCCUCGUCGACCCCGUCGAUAACACAAUAGCAGCCAUGCAUGCAGGCACCAGUGCCAUCGAGCAUCUCCUUGCCCAGCCCAACCCCGCCAACCAAGGCCUGGCUGUCUCCCUCCCCACCCUCGUCGUCCAGUACCCCUCCCCUCAGCACGAGCAUGGCUCUUUACGCGCAUCUGGCCCCCGGGUACCCCUCAGCAGUGGCAACUAUGAGGGCAGGCUCCAGUGCCAUAGAGCACCUCCUCGCCCAGCCCAACCCCGCCAACCUCUGGUUCUUCAACUAACUCUCUUUCAACCCCUCUUCCCCCCCACCUUCACCCCUGCAGUCUACGCGCCUCUGGCCCCCGGCUACCCGUCAGCAGUGGCAGCCAUGAGGGCAGGCAACAGUGCCAUCGAACACCUUCUGGCUGAUGCCAACCCCGCCAACCAGGGCCUGGCCCUCUCCCUCCCCACGCUCGUCGUGGGCGGCGGCUACCCUGGGGACUGCGCCCCUGCCGCCUCCAACUACCGCUGGUUCUUUAAAGAGGCUGGUAACCCCAGCUGGGAGGUUGUGCUGCGAGACGCGGGGCAUUUCCAGUUUUUAGACUCGCCGCCGGUGAUCCAGGCGGCUGUGUGUGGGCUGGGGCCGGCGAGGGAUGAGGAUGUGAGGCGGGCUACGAGGGCUUGUAUUGCUGCGUGGGGCCAUGCGACUGUGCCCAGGCAGAGGGGGAAGGGGGUGGGUGGGGGUGGGAGAGGGGCGGUGCCGCAGCAGGGAGGGGGAGAUGGGGGAGUGGGAGCGGAGGAGGAGGGUUGCAUCAGCAUUGGUGGGAGGUGCAGUGGCAGUGGUAGCAGUGGGACGAGCGGGACCAGUGAAGAUACGAGCGGGACCAGUGACGAUAUGGAUGCCGCUGCAGCUGAUAGUUGGAGAGCGGGUGCAGCAAGGGAAAAGGGGCUGGCACAGGCUCCUGCUCCUGCUUUGACCCCGUUGACUGCGGGGGACAACUUGGAGGCCCCUGUGUCAGAUAGGAAGGAUGAGCUGGAGGCCAUGAUGGUUUCAGUUGCUGCUGAGCUGGCAGUGCUUGGAGGGACUAAGAUGAGUCACUGCUGGUGCAAGUGCGAGGCGGGGGCGGGGCAGUGCGGGCCCAAGGUACCGAAGCUCAAGACGCUCUUCAACGCGCACAAGAACCUCGACGACUCGUCGCUUCGCCGCGGCGACUGGGAGGCCGAGCUCCACGUCAUCUGGGAGGAAAUAGGAGAGGAUAAGCUGAUUCGCUCAGACGACCUGCGAUUGGCCGUUGCAGAUGCUGUGGAUAAGGCCUACGAGAAGGCAGUGCGAGAAGCAGUGCAGCAGCGCACAGAGCUGGAGGAGGGCGUGAGGGAAGCAGAGCAACAGCUGUACGAGCUGCUGGGGCCCGAUGCAGAGUGCCUUGUGGCUCCCCACGCCCUGCCACUGCAAGAGAGGCUGGACGUCAACCUCUCCCACCUGCACCAACUGAAAUCGGGAGGAGGGGAAGGGGUGGCUGGGCGGGCUGGUGGUGCUGGCAGAGCUGAGGAGGAAACUCAUCUGCACCUGCCCUUAGGCACGCCUCAAAAGUCCUCUCUGUCCUCCCUCUCUCCUCCCUCUGUCCUCCCUCUCUCCUCCCUCUGUCCUCCCUCUGCCCUCUCCUGUUCCUCCGGUCCGGUGCAGCAAAGGGGGGAGGGGAAGGGGUGGCUGGGCGGGCUGGUGGUGCUGGAGGAGCUGAAGAGCUGUCUCAUCUGCCUGCGCUCCUCGCUGCACCUGCCGUUUGACAUGCCUCGAAAGUCUUCUCUCUGUCUUUCUGUCUUCCCCCGUUCCUCAACUGCAGCAAAGGGGGGAGGGGAAGGGGUGGCUGGGCGGGUUGGUGGUGCUGGCGGAGCUGAGGAGCCGUCUCAUCUGCCUGCGCUCCUCGCUGCACCUGCCACCGCCAGGGAGCGACGCUGA